AUGCGUGACAUACAAAUCUUGGAUCCCAGGAAUCUGGUGAAAAAUCGGGAAAUCCUCUACAGGCUCAUUAUAAGCCAACUUAUGUACGAUGGUUUGGAAAAAUUCGCCAUGGAAUUGUCCAUGUUGGUGAAGGCAGAUGAAUGCACUCCUAGCGAACGUCUACUGCAUGUAAUGAUUGCGGGCAUGCAGACAUUAGCGGAUAAAGAACCUCCACCCAAAGAUGAUGUUUUGCCCUGUAUUGAUUUGGAAUUUGAACCUGAUGCAGCAGCCAUGGCACCCGAACCGGCAUCCUAUGAAACAGCCUACGUUACCUCACACAAGGCAUCAUGUCGUGCGGGGGCCUUCAGUCAUGAUGGCACACUGGUGGCUACCGGCAGUCAGGAUGCUAGUAUUAAAAUUUUAGAUGUUGAACGUAUGUUGGCCAAAUCGGCACCCGAAGAAUUGGAUACGGGACGUGAGCAACAAGGCCACCCUGUUAUACGUACCCUUUACGAUCAUACCGAUGAAGUAGCCUAUCUGGAAUUUCAUCCCAAGGAGCAUAUAUUGGCCUCGGGCUCAAGGGAUGGUACUGUAAAGCUGUUCGACAUUGCCAAGCCAUCGGUUAAGAAGGCCCAUAAAGUUUUUACCGAUUGUGAACCGGUAACGUGUUUAAGUUUUCAUCCAUCUGGUGACUAUAUGGCAAUCGGGACAGAACAUUCAUUGUUAAGGCUCUAUGAUGUUCAGACGGCUCAGUGUUUUGUCAGUGCCAUUGGUUCGCAACAUCACAACGGUUCUAUAACGUGUGUGGCAUUUGCUCCAACCGCCAAACUCUAUGCCAGUGGUAGUAUUGAUGGUAGCAUAAAAAUAUGGGAUGGUGUUAGUGGUCGUUGUAUCAACACCAUACCGGAUGCACAUGAUGGUGCGGAAAUAUUUUCCAUACAAUUUACUCGAAAUGGAAAGUAUCUCCUUUCAUCGGGUAAAAAUUCCUUGGUUUAUCUUUGGGAAUUGUGUACCAGUCGUCCCAUCCAGACAUAUACCGGUGCCGGUACUACCGGUAAACAAGAACACAAUACCCAGGCCGUUUUCAAUCACACCGAAGAUUAUGUUCUCUUUCCGGAUGAAGCCACCACAUCGUUGUGUUCAUGGAAUUCUCGUAAUGGCAGUCGUUUGAAUUUAAUGUCAUUGGGUCACAAUGGCCCGGUACGUUUUAUUACCCACUCACCAAAUUCUCCGGCAUUCCUAACAUGUUCAGAUGAUUUUCGUGCAAGAUUUUGGUAUAGACGUACCACAAAUCAGUAGAUU